UAGUUUGUUUUUUUGGCAGCAGCGACAGCAUGGAGAACGCCAAGAACGGCACCGGCAAGACCUUCAAAUACAAGCCGCUUCUUCGCAUGGGCAUUGCCGUCCUGGUGCUGCACACCGUCUGCUGGCUGGGAUGGAAUGCGGUGAAUCGUGGAGCGGAGUCCAGCAAUGCGGCGGCCACAGCCAAUGCCCAGCAUGAACGUCUGCGAGCGGCCAUCGAACAGAAGUGAACUCUGACGUAACGGAAUGCCAAACGAAACUCUAGAUAAAUGUGCAAAUGAUAUGUGAUUAUAGCAGUAAACAAAAAGAACAAUUAACAGACGAAAAAACAACA